ACACAACUCUGUGUAUAUAAUCAUAAGCUCGGCCUUCACUUCAUCUUCAACAAUAUCUAAAGCUAGAGAACUAGAGAGACAGAGAGACAGAGAGACACAAAAUGGUGAGAUUCGAGAGGGUUCCUUUACUGUCACUGUUAGGGUUAGUUCUGGUUCUAACAUUGGUCGGAGCUCCGACCAAAGCCCAAGAUCCUGUUUGCCGUCAAGCUGAUACGUUUAGCCGAGCCAGCUUCCCUGAAGGAUUCCUCUGGGGAACCGCAACCGCAGCGUUUCAGGUUGAAGGAGCUGUUGAUGAAGGUUGCAGAGGUCCAAGCAUGUGGGACACUUUCACCAAGAAAUACCCACAUAGAUGUCAAAACCAUCACGCUGAUGUUGCCGUUGAUUUCUACCAUCGUUACAAGGAAGAUAUCGAGUUGAUGAAAGACCUCAACACUGAUGCUUUUAGACUUUCUAUUGCGUGGCCCAGAAUUUUCCCCCAUGGAAGAAUGUCCAAGGGAAUAAGCAAACAAGGAGUCAAAUUCUACCACGACCUCAUCGAUGAGCUUCUUAAAAACAAGAUCACUCCACUAGUAACAGUCUUUCACUGGGAUACUCCUCAAGACUUAGAAGAUGAAUACGGUGGUUUCUUGAGUGGCCGCAUUGUGCAAGAUUUUGCGGAAUAUGCAAACUUUACUUUCCAAGAAUAUGGACACAAAGUGAAAAAUUGGAUCACAUUCAAUGAGCCAUGGGUGUUUAGUCGUGCCGGUUACGACGUCGGGAAAAAAGCUCCGGGACGUUGUUCACCAUACAUCGAAGAAUGGGGAAAGCACUGUGAAGAUGGACGGUCAGGAUUUGAAGCUUAUCAAGUCAGUCACAAUUUACUCUUGUCUCAUGCUGAAGCCGUUGACGCCUUCAGAAAAUGCAAACAGUGUGCUGGAGGUAAAAUUGGAAUUGCCCACAGUCCAGCUUGGUUCGAACCAGCCGACCUUGAGGCUGUUGGAGCUCCCAUUGAACGUGUGCUUGACUUCAUCUUGGGAUGGCAUUUGUAUCCAACAACUUACGGAGAUUAUCCACAGUCGAUGAAGGAUCGCGUUGGUCAUAGAUUGCCAAAAUUCACAGAAGCGGAAAAGAGAAAGCUAAAGAAUUCUGCAGAUUUUGUAGGGAUGAAUUAUUAUACCUCAAUGUUUGGAGCUGGUCUAAAGGACUCUAAUUCUAAGAACCCGAGUUGGACGACGGAUUCUCUUGUUCAAUGGGAAAGCAAGACUGUCGAUGGAUACAAAAUUGGUAGCAAGCCUGCUGGUGGUAAACUGGAUGUCUAUUCAAGAGGAAUGAGAAAACUUUUGAAGUACAUCAAGGACAAUUAUGGUGACCCAGAAAUUAUGAUCACCGAGAAUGGAUAUGGAGAGGACCUUGGAGACCUUCACAAUGACGUAAAAACUGGGACAAAUGACCACAACAGGAAAUAUUAUCUUCAAAGGCAUCUCUUGAGUUUGCACGAGGCCAUUUGCGAUGACAAGGUGAAAGUUACGGGAUAUUACGUGUGGUCUUUGAUGGACAACUUUGAGUGGCAAGAUGGAUACAAGGCUAGGUUCGGGCUUUACUAUAUCGAUUUCCAAAACAAUUUGACUCGUCACCAGAAAGUUUCGGGCAAAUGGUAUUCUGAUUUCCUUAAGCCGGGAUUUCCAACUUCCAAGUUAGUGAGGGAAGAACUCUAAGAUCAAGAAUCCAAAUCUUGAAUCCUUCGAAAAUAAAUAAAUUCUUGCAAGAAGCUUGUUCUUGAGGAUUUAUAUCAGUUUGUGCGUUCUACCAAUCAAGUUUAUCGUUUUUUAUCAUCUAUGUGUUUCCUCCGAUGUUAGCAAGACUUUGUGACUUUUUGUAGUUUCCUUCGAUCGUAAUAAUAAAAUGUUGUUUACAACAGGCAAAUA